GAAACCAGACGGAUAUCUGCUCAGACAUUUAACACCACCAAUAACCCCGAAACACCCUUAUCUGGAAGCCCAGCAUCAUGAUAUAUAAACCGAUCUACCAACCUCCGUCGGUUCAUUCUCGACUCCAGCUGAUCUCUCCUUAAGACGUUUGUGUUACUUUCUCUCAUCGUAUUCCCAAACAAUGUCUUACUCUGCAUCAAAUCUGCUGGUGUUGGCGGCCACGCUGAUCACCAUCACUGCGCCCUCACAAUUAUGCUCGGCCCAUCCUGUAGUGCAAGAUGUGACGUCACAAGACCAGUCAAGGAGCUCAAGCAUAUCAGGCCUUUCAUGUACGAGUUCUCCACUGGGGAUGGCCAGUGGGGCCAUCCCUGAUUCCAGCCUGACGGCGUCAGGCUCACACGGCUCAUAUCCCCCAAGCAAUGCCCGACUGAAUGGUACUGGUUGGUGGGCAUGCCCAAAUGGAAAACCCGAGGGUCAAUGGAUCCAGGUAGACCUCGGUCAGUACACGGCCAUCACGGGGGUCAUCGUACAGGGAUAUCCGGGAGGCUAUCACAUCCUAACCUUUGCUGUAAACUACAGUAAUACGGGCGAAUCCAAUGAUUGGCAGAAACUAACGGACAGAGGACAGACCGUACAGUUGAAUGGGCACAAUGGUGAUAGCCAACCUGUGAAUGUGACGUUCCCCGUGGUACUGAUGGCAAGAUUCCUCCGCAUACUUCCACUCACAUGGAGUAACCAUCCUUAUUAUUGUCUGAGGUUCGAAGUGCUCGGAUGUCGAGUUCCCAGCGGCACCAUUCGAUUGGUUGGCGGUGAUGACAAAUGGAGCGGCCAAGUGGAAAUCUACCGCCAUGAUGCUUGGGGUGCAGUCUGCGAUAGCAGUUGGGAUAUGAAGGACGCCACCACCGUUUGCCAUCAGCUCGGCUUCAUCGAGGCUCUGGAGGCUAAAACGGGGUUGUCCAGCCGAGAGAGUGACCGGCCGAUCGUGAUGAAUCGAGUCGCCUGUACUGGAACUGAACGACGGCUGGCUGACUGUCCGUUUGUCUGUACCGGCUCUCAGCAAUGCAGCAGCUCAACUGUAGCAGGAGUCGUUUGUAAACCAAGACCUGAUGAGCUUCGGUUGGUCGGCGGAUCUCGCACCAGCGGCCGAGUGGAGAUAUACCGUGGCGGCAGCUGGGGCACCAUCUGUGAUUCCAAUUGGAACGAGACUGAUGCGGGGAUUGUCUGCCGCCAGCUCGGUUUCUCAGACGCACUGGAGGCCAAGUCCGCUGCCCACUUCGGGCAGGGUAGCGGACCCGUCCAUAUGGACGGCGUAGCGUGCGAAGGAUCCGAAGAGAAAAUUACCGACUGCCCUUCCUACUGCUGGGAGGAGACAAGUUGUAGCCAUUCUCACGAUGCUGGAGUGAUCUGCAGUGACGGAAACACCGUAACAACCAACAAGUGACGAAAGCUAAGGCGCUCAAGCAACCAGGAAGGAUAGGACACCAACUAUAUUAUUAUACACAACUCAUCUCCUUUUUUUAAAGGGACAAUUAAUAUUUGUUUCAUGGUAUUUUUGGACCAUUCAAAGCGCCCAUCGUAAUUGCUGGUCGAAUUCUUCUAUACUCACGCGACUGGUCUGGGCCUAUAACCCGUGCAUGCUGUAAAGCCAAUAUAUGGAGAGUGGUACCUCGCUUCUCUUGGCAUUGUAGUAUAUUACUGACUGGGUAAUCUACGGCACCAGUCUGUGUUAACAGUGCAUUUCGGUUAGAUGUAGUUUUGAAUGAGAGUUCUUCUUGUCAAUGUAUGUUUUUGUGCAGCAUUAUGUAAUACACAUAAGAUGGCAUGCAACAACAUGGGGGCUUUAUUUGUUCAAUAUACAAAAUGAUAAUAAGAAAACACCACAAGACCAACCCCCCCCCCCCAAAAAAAAAAAAACACCAAAUAUGUGAUCAGGAGUUGAAUCGAUAGUCAUUAUAUUAUUGGACUCCAUCAAUUUGGAUAGUCGAUUCAUAAAUGCAUUCAAAUAAAUUUGGAGAAGGAAAAGAUAAAGUUCAGUUGAUAAGCAGUGAGGAUAAAAAUGUUGGACUCUCUUUUACUCUGAUACACCGAUAAACUGUAAUUAUGUUAUUUCAGUAAAGUUAACAAUGUUGCGUAUAAUGCGUAGAAUAGGCCUACUUGAAGGUGAACAAACUUUGCCAAAUACGUUGAAUUAAAACAAUAAAUAAUUUUGUUUGAUAAGUUUCAUGCAUAAUAUUCGGCGGAAUAUUAUUUAAAAAUAAACGUGCGUGUUUCGCUUGGGUUAACACUUAAAUUGUUCCUAUAAAUGUACAUAUAGCUGCACACAAGAAAGCACUUGAGACCUAUAUCAUUAUCAAACAUAAUAUUUUUGCCCUUGAGCCACGUAUAAUGUUAGCCAUUAGAAUAAACCCUGAAUUUUAUCUGGGGAUAAUACUUUAGAUUUCUCAUAUAUUUAAAUCAGCACACAAGAAAGCACUUAUUGUAGCAAUUUGUAGACCUACAUGAUUAUCAUGCUGCAAAAA